AUUAAAAUUGUGACCAAUCAGACCACAGUGGGCGGGGCGAGCGGCGACACGGCAGACAUCGCCUGCACACAGACACGGCGGAUCCAUGAGCGGUAACGAUAACAUCAGUGUUUCAGAUCAAGAAACGUGGUUUGAUCAACAUCUAGAGCUCCAGGUCUAAAGAAAUGGACUCCAUCUCACUGAUGGGCAGCAGUCCUGCAGGCAAUGCCUUCUUCCUUCCUAACGGCGUGAAGAACUGUCCCAGAGAAAGCUCCAGCAAGCCGUCGGUGGCCAUCAUCGGCUCUGGGGAUUUCUCCAAGUCUUUGGCCAUCCGUCUGCUGUGUAGUGGCUUUCAUGUUGUGGUGGGCAGUCGACAGCCCAAGCGGGCGGCUGAGUUUUUUCCUCAUGUGGUAGAUGUGACCCAUCACGAGGACGCAGUGGGCAAAGCUUCUGUUAUUUUCUUGGCUAUCCGCAGAGAACACUACUCUUCUCUCUGGGACAUCAAGCACCUCUUAGCUGGCAAAAUCUUGGUGGACGUCAGCAACAACAGGAGGUCGAACCAGUAUCCAGAAUCCAAUGCAGAGUACCUCGCUUCCCUAUUCCCAGAGUCUGAUGUGGUGAAAGGAUUUAAUGUCAUAUCAGCAUGGGCUAUGCAGUCAGGCCCUAAAGAUGCUAGUAGACAGGUGUACAUCUGCGGUAACUCAGUGGAAGCGCGGCAGCAGGUCAUCGAGUUGGCCCGGCAGCUCAGUUUCAUUCCUGUGGAUAUGGGCACACUUACCUUGGCAAAGGAAAUAGAGAACAUGCCGUUGCGGUUGUUUUCAGACUGGAAAGGUCCCGUUCUGACUGCUGUUUCCAUUUCCAUCUUCUUCUUUGCUUACUCUUUCAUUCGGGACAUCAUUCAUCCAUAUUUGAAAAAUGGGCAAAGCUUUUUUUAUAAGAUCCCACUGGAGAUUGUGAACAGGACACUUCCGGUGGUGGCUAUAACUGUGCUGGCGCUGGUGUAUUUAGCGGGUCAGCUCGCUGCUGCGCACCAGCUCUUCUAUGGCACUAAGUUCCGGCGCUUUCCUAGCUGGCUGCAAGGAUGGUUACAGAGCCGCAAGCAGCUGGGCUUGCUCAGCUUUUUCUUCGCCUGCAUCCAUGUACUCUACAGCCUCUGCCUGCCCAUGAGGAGGUCUGAGAGAUAUCUGUUGCUCAAUAUGGCGUACCAGCAGGUUCAUGCCAACGUAGAAAACUCGUGGAAUGAGGAGGAGGUGUGGAGAGUGGAGAUGUACGUGUCUUUUGGUAUAAUGAGUCUGGGCCUUCUCUCUCUCUUGGCCAUCACGUCCAUUCCAUCAGUAAACAGCGCCCUCAACUGGCGAGAGUUCAGCUUUAUCCAGUCCACACUUGGCUAUAUCGCCCUGCUUAUCGCCACCGUCCACGCACUGCUGUUUGGCUGGAAGCGGGCGUUUGAAGAGGAGUCGUAUCGUUUCUACAUGCCGCCCACCUUUGUAGUAGCCGUGGCUCUGCCUGUCACGGUGAUUGUGGGUAAAGCUGUGUUAAUGAUGCCUUGCGUGGCAUGGAGGCUGAAGAGAAUCCGCAGAGGCUGUGAUGACCGUCAGCAUCAUGCUUAUCGUGAGAGACCUGCAGCUCAUGUUUCCCCAGAAAGAGUCACCAUCAUGUAGCAUCAUCUGUACUUAUCUAAUAUCUCAGCAAUAGCUCAGCCUCCUUCCUACCAUGCAGUGUCCCUCUGACAAAUAGAAGCAAUGGUUUGCUUUGUUCGGUUUGUUUUAGUACAUGUUGUGUUUUUGUGUGUCACAUGAUUGGUGCAUGAGAUGAAUUUGGAGUCACACUGGCUCCAUUUAGGCCAUGUGCUCUGACCAUAUGCUGUGGUAACAUUCCGAUUUGUAUGUUAUAGGAAAAUAAUCAUUGUUGUUUUAUUCCAUUUAUUUGACCACAAUUUGCCAAAGAUUUUUUUUGUUAAUUAUUAUUCAUGAAUGGGAAAAUAAAUGUAUAUCCAUUUAACGUCCACAAAACAUUACAUUCCUGUUAUCACUUAUGAUUUAGCUUCUAUAAUUGUUCCAUCACAAAAAUACAGCUUAUUUCCACAAAACUCCUAAACAUAUCUUCUGUCCUUAGACUUUCCUGUGUUGGAACACCAUUUCCCCUCAGUGUUACAAAGCACUGUCAAAGGAGUCUCCUUCCAUAAAUGUGACGAAAUUCUGUUUAGCAGAUGCCCUUAUUCAGAGUGACUUAUUAUUUAUAUCAUUUAUAAAAUGUAGGCUUAAGGACCUUGCUAAAGGGCCCAACAGUGUGAGCUUGGCAAUGCUGAGAUUUAAACUCAUGAUUUUCUAGUCAGUAGUCCAGAGACUGAGUGACCCCUUCCCCAAGUAAAAAAUCAAAAAUUCUAGCUAUUUUUAAAUAGCAACAAUCUAUGUAUUAUUACACUUACAUGACUUGGUGUGCAUGUUUCUGUGAGUUAGUUACUAUAGAAACAAUACAUCAAUGACCAAGUGAAAUAAUCUAAAACUUUCUGUGAAAGCCUUUAUAAAAUUAAUUAACAUUAAUCAACACUUACUGACGGAUUAGAUUUUAGAAUUCAGCGCUGUAGUGAACCGUACCUUACUUGUUUUUCACAAUACAAAGCAUCAGAUGCUGAACAGUGUCAGGUUUAUUCAUGUUGCAGAGUGGGUAGUUUGCUGUGCUGGUCUGGUUCUUACAGUGAACUUUUGCAGCUGUAGUUACAAAAGCAAUAGCAACUAUCAAGCAUAACCCAUCAGCAGAACAUAUUUCUACUGUUUUAUGUUACUAAAAGGUACAUUUGCUGUUUUUGUGGAAAUGUUUUAAAGUUAAGCCUAAUGCUGUGAUUUCUGCAUAUGUGAUAAACAAGUAAAAUCUAAACGGUCACUCCUGUCAUUAAAUGGGUAUUGAUUGUAUUAGCAGGAACAAUGAGGUACAAAUAAUUAACAGAUCAACCAGGAUUCUUUAUAAUUCAUCUCAAUGAUACUACAUAAUAGCCCUUGCUUCAAAACUCCUAUGUAGGCUACUACCAAUGUCUGUUCAUUGCAUUUAUCUAAGUAUGUAAAGUGAAUCGUUUGACAGUGAGCUGUAAUAAAGUUUAAUGGUGUAACUGGUGA